AUGAAAUUGCAGUGCCACCUUUAUGAAGUAGUGAAUAUCCAGUCGCCAAAACUUCAAAAGCGAUCUGUUGAAGCGGGUCAUCACAUUAAAAUUCAAGCUUUUAGUCAUGAAAUUGAACACUACUUGACUCCUUUGAAUGACCUGUUUGCAACAGAAAACACUCCGAUCAAAGAAGCUAUGUAUGAUUCGAAAAAAAGAAAAUUAGUAGUCAGAAGAUCUUCUGUAAGUAUGGCAAUGGUAUCUCAACAUAUUUAUCAAGAAAAAUCUUACAGGAUUACUUUGUCCGUCAAAAUUCAUAGGGGGCGCAGAGAAAUAAGCGGAAUCAUCGGAUACAAAAAUUGGCAUGUAAGUCCAAUGCCUGAACGACUCAGAAGGUCACUCAACCAAAAUCGAUCCAACAGAUCUGUUGAUGAUGAAAUCGAUUCUGACGAUAUAGACAAAUCAUACCAUAUUAUUUCUCAACUACCAAACACUGACGGUCAAAACUUGAUGGCUCCAUUGUUCAGCGUGCAAAGAUCAGAACGUUCUGCAGAACAACAUAAAGUUGCGUAUAUUGAAGUUCUUGUUAUUGUAGAUUUCUAUUCCUUCAAAUUAAUGAAUUUUAAUAUGAACAAAACUAUUACAUACGUUCUUGCGAGUUGGAAUAGUGUAGAUACUUUGUAUAGAGAUUUUGAAAAUCCUAAGAUCAAGAUCAGCAUCGCUGGAAUAAUUGUAGCUCAGGUACUGUUUUUACUUUUUUGGCACUAUAUUGGCCCUAUUGAAGCACCCUAUCCAUCGAAUUUGUCUGCAUAA